CAAUCCUCUUAUUAUGUUUCUCUCUCUAGUCCUCCUCUCUCUUUAUUUUUUAUCUUCCUCUCCCUGCGUUCUGUAAUGCUUCUCGUCUCCUACUUCUCUGUACAUGGUUUCUAGGGCAACAAAGAGACGCGAAGAACAAAGCAAGAAAAAAGAAUGGCGGAGAAGUGCAAAAACAGCCACGAGCUAACCACGGAGUUCGCCGACGACGAGUUUGAAGUCGCCGGAAUCUUGCUCGAGCUUCGUAAACUAUUUACCGCAACGGAGUUCUUCCCUCUUUUUCGUGUCGAAUGGGGAUCCAAGAAGAGGAGAUCUACAACCUACAGCAACAACCAGGCUUCUCCGGCCACCGUUCCUCCGCCGCCAGAGCCGUCGUCCUCGCCGCCGGAGGAUCCCGUGGACGAGCGCUGUACGGGCAAGAACAAGGCCUCAAGCCCCGCGACACCGCUUUCCUUCUCACCGAGUGAAUCGGACGAGAAGCGUAAGCCCUCCAAACGGAAAUUGCUAAAGAGAGCGGACUGGUUAGAGCUCAUAAAAGAGUUAACCGAGCGCAAAGAUAUGUUGAAAAAGGAAGUCGAGAAUGUAAGCCGUUAUUUUGACAAGCUAAAAGCUUUUAAUUCAGAGUUAAAGGCGAGGAAGGAGGAGCUAAUAACUAGAGGGCUUAAAAAGGAAAUACGGCUUUCAAAAAUUGGUCAAAGCGUAAAUCAUGAGAUGGAACUGGGUCAACCCAACGCAUCAACGCCUUUCCCUGAGUUUCAUCAUCCACCGCUAAUCAUGGAUCGGACGGUUCAAGCAACGGGAAUAAGCGAGAAUCUCCAGUUCUCGGCAAGCCAUAUUCCCAGCAGUGGAUUCAGUAGGAAUAAUAAUAGUAACAAUAUUGUGAGCCCACUUGGUCUUCCUGAUCUUAACGUCUCACCAGAGGAGCCUUUUGGGAUGGACUUUUCUCAGCCGUUUGAUUUGGCCAUGGCUGACAAGAAUCGGAGUAGGGCAAUGGCUAGUGAGGCAAGACGGAGAAGGCGUCAGAUCUGCAGGGAUAAGACUUCUGUUGCCGCCAAUAAGCUACGUAAUCCCUGUUGAAGAUGGCCACUUUUUUUUGGCUGCAAUCCUAUGGCUGAUUUUGUUUCCAUAUUUUAUUUUUACUUUUAAAUGCCGCAAAAGGCGCAAUCAAAUGUAUUUUAUUUAGUUGUAUGAAAUCCUGUUUUAGAAUAUCGAAAUUUAAUAGAAAGCCCAUAGUGUUUUUAUCGAGUAUCUUUUGGAGAAACCCCCAUAAAUUGAGGGUUAGAAUCGGGCCGGACUGAGAUGGGGAUUAAGCCAACAGUUCUAGGCCUCAAAUCGGCCCGCCUAAAUUUGCGGCUUUAUAAUAAUGUAAAUUUAUUUGAGACACCCACUUCGUUUAUUAUCAAUUU